CAACAAAGCACUCCAAUAUCAAGACUUCAAGGAUAACAACAAAGAGUUUUCGCAUAGCCGGCCGCUGCGGAACGUUUUGUGCAUUUCUUAUUGUAUCACUGCCGUAGAUUGUAGACAACUCUUGCUUCAACUUAAUAAGACCGUUUCCCAUGGGGAAAGGGCGUGACUCCGGGAGGCGCCAAGCGGAGUCCCGCCCAGCGGCUGUCGGCUGAACGCGGAAGACUGCAGCUCAUUGCUGCGCAGGGCUGGCGGGGACCUGCUGUGUGGCAUGACCAAGAUGGAAUGCGCAGGGCCAGGAGGCUUCAAAGGCCUCAAGUGGAAAUGGAUGCAGGACCACGUGAAGGAGCAGGAGCAGCGUCAGGCUCUGCAGCAGGUGCAGCCGUCUGCGGGGCCGGGUGCUUCACCCCCACCCCCAGAGGUGGCGCCAGCGCCCGCGCACUGCUCGGGGGUUGGUGCUCCUGUUGACGGGGCUCAGCCCACAACAACGCAGCGCAGCUUAGGAGGGGGCUCCCAAUCGGGUCAAGCUACGUCGGCGGCACAAACCCCUGUCCAGGCUGACGGGCCCAAUCGCUCGACAACACCAGGUGCAUCCUUGCCGAAUGGCUGGGAAAGCAAAGCAGCUGAUGUUGAGGACCGGAAGUCAACAGGGUCCGCGGGCCCCUCGCAGCCGGGCGCGAUCGCAGCCGUCACACCAGCAGCACCAGCAGUGGCCGCAGCCGCGGCGGCAGCACCGCUUACUUCGCCUGCGGCAACAUUAGCAUCAGCUGCAGCACCUGCACCUGCACCUGCACCUGUAGCAGCACUAGCGCACGCAGCACCGGCAGCGGCUAGCACGGCGGCCAGUGCGAAGUGCAGCACGGCGUUGUCUCCGCCGCUGGUGCUGCCGCCAUCCGCCGCCGCCCGUCUCGCCGGAGACGCGGCGCCAGCGCCCGCAACAAUAGCAACGCCCCCGCCUCCCACGGCUGCAACCUCGGGACCAGCAAGCAUUACAGUGCCUGUGACAACCACUUCACAGCCCGCUGCGGCGCCCACGCCUGUGGCGGCUUCAGCCGCGCUGGGUGCGGCAGCCGCGGCGGCGGCAGUUGCAGCGGCGCGGACGCGGCUGCCGCCGGUCCGGGCUCCAUCAGUAAUGACGUCUGUGGGCAAGGCGGCCGCGGCGUCGACCGUGGGGGCGGACUUCGGGGACGACUUCUUCACGCCGCUGCCAAAGUCGGAGGCAGCGCCAGUGAGCCGCUCCAACAGCCUCGUCAUGUCGACGGCGCAGGCGGCGAUAGCAGCAGCUGCGAUGUCAGGCGGGGCGGGAGCGCUGGGGACUGGCGGCGACACGGGCGGGAAGGAGUCGUUGGAGCGCAAGCUGCCCCCCAAGAAGGCGUCUUCGCGGCUGCCAGGGAGCCACUCGGCCUCUGCGGAGCCGGCGGACGGCGGCGAGGCAGCGGGCGUGGGGCGCAGCCGGACGCCGGGAGCGGCAGGCGCAGCGCCCGGGACAUCUGGCGGGGGCGCUUGGGGGCCGACCGCCGCUGGGGGCGCGGUGUCGGGUGCGGCAGGAACGUCAGGCCGGGACCAGGCGGCCGGGCAAGCAGCAGCCGGCGCAGGCGGGACCGGGAAGACGUCGGCUGCGGCUGUGAAGGGCGACUCCCUCGGGGUGGGGCAGGCGAAGGGCGCGGGGGUGGCAGGGUCCAAACCCACUGCAGCCGGCAAGGACAAGGACCGGGACCGGGAAAAGGAGGGCGACGCCAAGGAGGGAACGCGCCCGCGUGAUGCCACGCCAGCAGACGCCAAGGAUGCCUCGGGCUCGGGCCGCGGCGCGGGUGCUGCUGGUGCGGCGGCGCCAGCGGAUAAAGCUGAAAAGGCAGAGCGAGGGAGUCGUGCAGACAAGGGGGACAAGGGAGAGAAGGUCCCGGUAGCAGGUGCUGGCGGGAGUAGCGCGGCGGCGGGCACCGGCGCGGAAGGCGGCGACCGGAAACGGCCCCGGUCAGAGGUUGGCAAGUCGAAGGCCGGCAAGGACGCGGUCGCUGCGGAAGCUGCGGCGGCUGGGCUGCUGGACCUCCAGUCGCAUUACGUGGUGGAGACGCUGGCUGACCGCAUCAAGCGCGCCAAGCGCACCGCCACCUCCUCCAGCGACCACGACGGCCCCACAUCGCACGGCGGCAGCGCCGACCGACACCACGGCCCCGGGACGCACGGCGCAGCGCACGGCGGCGCAGCCGGGGCGCAUCAUGCGGCGGGCAGCGACGCCGCGGGGCCGCCGCACGCGCACCCAGUGCCGCAGCACCAGCUGCCGCGGGGGGAGGAGCUGUCUGGUGAGGCGCAGUCCCGGGGUGCGGAUGCGCCGCCGCCGUGUGCAGGGGCGCGGGAAACGACUUGGACAACGGGCGCCGGCGGUGGCUUGGCCGGGCCCGGCGGCAACAGCGCGAGCGUCAAGCAGCAGCAAGCGGCCAAGGCUGCUACGGCGAAGGAUGAGGGCGUGGGAAGCGGUUCACAUAAGACGCAGGAUGCCCGGCAUCCCGCCGCGGAGCUCAACGCAGUUGCCAACCUGCGAGGCUCUGCCGGCGGCGCUCAGACCGACAGCAGCGGCGGCGGCGCGGGGCCGGCGGUGGCGGCGCAGCGAGCCCUCAACGGCAGCGGCGCAGGCAAGGGCGCAUCUGCCACGCCGGGCUUGUCGCCAAGCGUUGCUGCGCCGCUACCGCCUAACGGCAUGAAGCGAAUGGCGGAUUUUCCCUCUCGCAACCGCGGCUCAGGCGGCGGCGCGCCGCCCGCCAAAAUGGCGCGAACAGACCCACAGCUGCCACGGCCAGCCACAACCGGCCAGGACCGGCGAAGCGGCGGCGGCGCACCGCCCGCAUCGUCGGAGCUGCCGGCCUCCAAGCUGGCUGCCGGCCAGCGUUCAACAAGCGGCCCUGUGGCCGUGAAGCCGGAGCCGGGCAGCGGCGUUGGGGAGGGUGCCGGCGGCGGUGGUGGGCGCACUGGCACGGGUCCUUCACCACCGUCGCGGCGGACCGCUGAGGUGGAGCCACUGCCGGCGGCGGGCAGCUACAAGGGCAAGCUAGGGGGCGGCGGCGGCGGCGCGAGCCGCGGCUCGAAGGAUGGCGGGGGCGACAGGGGUGCGAGCGGGCCACGCGGCGCGGGCGCGGAGGGCGGCGCCGGGAACGGCGCUGCUGGCGGCGGCAAUGCGGCCGCCGCGGCCACCACCACGACGGAACCCAAGACGGACUCGGACACGCGGACGUCGCGCGUUGUGGAAUGCUUUUUCGACUUGGACCAGCCGCCUCGCGCGGGCGUGGUGCCCGGUGUGUCGGCCUCGCUCUCCGGCCUGGGCUCCACAGGGUCACGGCUGGGCGCUGCCGCCGCCGGAGGCGGCAACGGCUUCUCCUGCCACAAGGCCCACGCGGCAGGAGGAGGUGGAGAAGGCGGCGGUGCGGCGGCGGCGCCCCAGCUGUUGGACCUGGCCAAGGUGCGGUCCUUCAAGGACCUGUGGGUGCAGCUGGCGGCGCUGUAUGAGGGCACGCUGCCGGACGAGAUCGACUCCAAACUCAUAUACCUGGAUGAGGACGGCGACUGGAUCAUGGUGACUCCGGAUGAGCCGUGGGCUUCCGUGUCCUCAGCAGCCACCAAGGUGCUCAUCACGAACCGCACAUGAAAAGCGGUCGUGAAGAGGACUCACGGCGUCCCCGGUUCGCGGCGUCAGAGGAUGGUGGCUUAGCAUCGGAGGGCAGCCGGUGAUGGGACUGAAGGUGGGCCGCAGACGGCAUGGUUUUGGAGUGGCAAAGAGAGAGGUUCGAUGCAGCGGGGGAUCAUGCAGAAACUGAUACAUAGUCGGGUAGGCUCCUUAGGUAGGGAUGCAUAGAAGCAUCUUGCAAUGCCGUUGAUUGAAAUGACAGUUUAGGAAACUCUUGAAGUAGGGAACACCCCCUCUCCCUCGAUCGUUUUGGCCAUGGCGUGUUGAGAGGGCUAGUAGGGUAACGACAGGGACGGGGCAUGUAUGUGCAGAGCAACGAUGAAUGCGUGUCACUGUGUGAGUUAGGUGCAUGGAGCUUGAACUGAAGAGCCACGUGAUUGAGGGGUUCGCAGUACGGCGCGGACUCGUGCAGCUGGGGGGACUUGCGGGGCCCGGUUGGAAAGCGUGGAGCUUGUGGAGGGUGUCGGACCAUAAUCCGCUCUAGCGUGGGCGCACACCUAAAUUGUCGGGACGCCGGGCUGAGUCAGGCGCGUGCCUGAGCUUGAGUACUGGGAGCCCAGAAUUAGCGUACACAAUUGUAUCUUUAUGGCAAAGCACAAUUAUCAAGGAAAAUGCCACGCUGGCACCAAGCCGGUGUUUCUUCGUUGCCGCCCUGCGCUCGUCCUUCUCGCCGUCCUCGCCGUC